AAAAAUAUUGUUGCCAUUGUCAAGGGGCAGGCUUCGCGACAUCUCUUUUCUGUCUGUUGUUCCCUUGGUGCGCCAGAACUCCGCCUCGUCUUUUUUCCACCAUGAGUAGGGAUAAGGUGCCCACGGUCGGCACUCUUGACAAGCCCGAGGACCUCAGAGAACUACUAAAGCAGGAUCGGGGCGAUGAUUGUCUCCCGUGCAGAGUCGUAGGCGGCGGCGCGUUCAUCGGCCUAGCCGCGUACAGCUACUACACGGGGCAGCGGGAACUCGAGAAGAACCAGGCGCGGAUUAUCGCGAGCAAAUCGAUACUCGGCAUGCGCAGCCGACGGUUCGGCAUCGCGGCUACGUCCCUCGGGUUGGCUUGGCUGGGCGUCUGGAGGUUGUUCCUAUAGCAGGCCUGCGACGAUGCGUUUACGACAUUGAAAAGGAGCCCCCCAAAACGAAUAAAAAAAAUCCCUCCACUCUUAUACAACAUGACUCCGUGACGGAGAAUAGAUAAUGUAGCGACCGAUUCCUGUUGCUGCUCAUGCCAGCAUUAUGGCGGGUUAAAGAGGUUGUGCUAUGAGAUCCGAUGCGGUGUUAUGGGAAGAAUGAUGCCAAUGGUAGAAUUGGCUGUACUAUGUGAACUCUGGGGUAGAAUAGCUACCUGCCUUGGACAUGAGGGUGUACAUCAGGCAAGAUUCCCGCUCGCCGUGUUAUUGAAUUAUGGUUGAUGAUACAGGUGUAAAAAUUUACAUUGAUAGAGACCUCGUCAUUAGCAUCGGAUGGUCUAAGAUUAUGCUCUGCAGAUACAUAUGAUAAUGAACUAUCACGCGUGUAUUACGUAUCACUAAGUUAAUUGCGAUGCUAUUAAUAUUAUCA